GUAAAUUGUAGGAAUUUUUUUUGCUGUUUUUAGUAACAGUUUAGGCCUUCGCCUUUACCUUCGUCUAAAUGUUGAGUGCUUUUGGCUUUUUUAGUGUUUAGUGUCGUGUUUUGAGGAAAUAAUCAAGAAUAAACGCUAAUUUUUUUAUAGAUCGUUUGCAAAUUAAUGCUAUUUUCAAGAACAAAAAAAGAAAUAUUGUAAUAAAAAUUAAAAAAAUCAAAAGAAAUUGAAAGUUUUAAAUAAAUUUUGGAAAAGCUUUACAUACGGGUUUAAUAAAUUUAACUAAUGCGCUAAUGUUUAGCUAAAAUAAUCGGGUUGUUGUUGUCUUUAGUCGGUCGGUCGGUACUUUAUUUCGCGUGUGUGUGUUUGUUUCUAUUGUCGAAAUUCGUUUUGAGAGCAACAGCAACACACCAAGUGCGUUGUUGGCCUACAGACCUAAUUUCCUUUUAGUAGUGCACAACAGCUAAUCAUCAUCUACUAUAUACCAAAAAAUAAAAAGAACAAAAAAAAACUCAAGAAACCUACAACAAAACAUAAUACCGAGACUCUGGAAUACAAAACGCAAAGAAUAACGACAGAAAAUCAGAUACAUUUUUCUGCAAAUAUAGAAAAGUGUAUAUAAUAAAACAUUAAAUCAAAGAAUAACGCAAAAUUCGCAUGAAAAGCAAAAGUGAAUUUAAAUUUUUAAUAAAAAUAUAGAAAAAUGUCCAUAAAUUGUAAAUAAUUUCAAUCUAAUUAAAGGUCUUUAAUAUAAAAACGCAGACAUUUAAUAGAAUUAAUGAAAAAAAAACGUCAAAAAUAAAUAACAAGAACAAGCAAGCAACGGUAUUUUUUUAAAGCCACAAAAAAAAUCUUACUUAAAUUUAAACAAAUAUAUGAAAAUUAAACAAAAUAUUAAGUUAAUUUAAUUAAAAUUAUAAAUAUCUAUUGUAAGUGAACCCAAAUAAAUAAAAUUUAAACAAAUUCUAAUUAAAUUAAAACAAAAAAAGUUCUAAAUUAAUACCCCUACAAAAAAAAACAAAUUAAAUAAAACCUCUUGAAACCUCAUCAUUAACAUCACUACUACAACAAUUACUUAACUCUCCUCUCCCUCUCUUGGAAAUAAAAGAACCAACACAAAAUAAAAGCUCUUUUAUUUUAUUUCACAUGUUGCCUUCUUUGGGUUUUAAUUAAAAACAAUCUUAACAAAUAAUAAACAUUAAAACCAACUAAAAUCUAAACUAAACUAAAUAAAUAAUAUUUAACUAAAAAUAAAAGUUCUAAAAACCAAAAUAGUGCAAAAAUUUCUAAAAUAAAAAUAUCUUUUUAAAAGAGAGCCAAGCCAGCCAGUCAGCCACACAGUUUAUUAUUGUUAUUAUGAGUGUGUGUAAAUAAGUGUUUUGCCUAAAACCCCUCUUUGCUCCUUCUCUCUCUUUCUCCAUAAACAUAAAAUGUUAUUUAAGUUCUUAGUAUAACAAAAAAAAUAAAGCAAAACAAAACAAAAUAACGCAAAAAAAAUCUCUUUAAAAGUUUAGUGUAUUAUUGUGUCGCCAUCCUCAUCAUCAUCAUCUGUGAAACGUUGUUGUCGUAGUCGUCGGUCGCGUUUUAUUGUUGUUGUUUGAAUAUUUUUAAUUCCUAUUUUGUCGUGUAUACGCCGUGUUUUGUUGUUGUUUUUUUCUUCUUCUACUCGUCUGUUGUUGUUGUGUUCUUUUUUACUUUUUUUUUGCAUUUUGUCAAUUAUCGUUGGUUUAUUAUGGCCCUGGUGGGCAUUACAAGGCCCGCUUUAUUGUGGAUUUUAACUAAGAGUGCGUUGUAAAUGCAGCUGGGAGUAAUUUAUUGCUGAUUAAAAUUAUUAAAAAGGCUCCUGCUCCUACAACAAAUUCCCAGAUUUUUGAUUUGUAACAUGGAAGAUUUUUCUGUACCCCUAUUGGCGGACAGUGCAACCAACUACAACCACAAUAAUAACAACAAUAAUAAUACUAACCUUAAUCACAACAACAGUAAUACCAACAACAAUAUGCAUCACCACAAAGAUCACAUGUUGGCAGCUGGCAGUACACCCAGUACCACUUCCUUUAUGUAUGAAACACCACCGGCCUCGUCAUCCAAAGCUGAAAUGUCAAUGGCUAAAAGUGACUACAGCACUUUUACCUCGUGCAUACAACAAUCGGCUCUGCUCGAUCAUCGUUCCGCCAUAGAUGCUAAUUUAGAUGCUGGCGUAUCGUUGGGUGCUUUAUGUGAUUUGAAAUUUUCCGGGGGUACGCCCUCUAUGAUGGGUGCUAAUUUGGUCAAUGAUGCCAAUACGAAUACUAAUUUUAAAGGCUUGCCACCACUAAUGAGCGGCAUAGAGACUAAUCAGAUAAUGAGCGGACUACAGAAGCUUAAUUCGACAGCGGCUAACCUCAAUGGUCCUUCAUUUUCGAAUAUUUUAUUUGCCAGAGAAGCUACACAAAACCAUGCAGCUAAUAAUAAUGUGGCCACAAAUACAACAAAUACACAUUAUUUGACGCUGAAAGGUAAUGAAGUACAAAGCACUGCCGUAACCACACAACAACAGCAACAACAACAGCAGCAGCAGCAACAACAACAUCACUAUUUACCAAAUUCAACAGUAACUAAUAGACAAAUGUCACCACCAAAUGAAAUUAUAAACCGGGGGGCAGCAAGUGCAGCUAUUGCCACAGCUGAUAGCCAUAAUCUGUUGGAUUAUGGCAUGGCCAGUUCAUCUUCUGUUGCCACUUCUACUUCCCUAACUAGGCAUCAUAGUCUUAAUACUACUAACACACAGAGUUCCACAAAUCAUAAUAGUUUGGAAGCAAGGAUUACAAACAACCUCAAUGAAAAUCAUAUAACCACCACAACAACAUCCAAUGAAACAUCCAACAACAACAACAACACUGCCAACAAUCACCAUACAACACAACAGCAACAACAAACAUCAGCCACCUCAACGACCAGUACAACAAGAUCCACCCUACACAGUAUUGAAGAAUUAGCAGCCAGUUCCUGUACCCCCACUUCAUCCACAACAGCUCCCCUAAAUUCGCUUGUAAAUAAUGGCCAUAAUCAUAUGAAUGCCACAUCCUCUGCUACAUCUACAACAACUGCUACAACAGUACCUUUAAUUGUAAGCAAUAGCAACAACAAUGAAACAACAACUAAAAGCCAGCAGCAACAACAACAUGCUACUUCACAUCUUCAAGAAGCUACCAACUCGGUUAAUAACCAGCAACAGCCAACCCAUAUGCAACAGCCAGCAACAUCACAUUUACAGUUGCAACAACAGCAGCAGUCUCAGUCUCAGUCACAUCAUCAUAACCAGCAGCAGUUUCAGCAUCACCAGCAACAUUUGCUUAACUCCUCCACUUUGAGCAGUGACAGCAACGAUUCCAUUUCCUCUUCGGAUGAAUAUAUUGAUAUGGAAUUGAAUGAAAGAUCGGGUUAUCAGGACACCACCUCCUCCCACUCACAACAGAGCGCCAACGGCGCUAAUGCCGGCGGCAAUGGACCUUCCUCAAAUCAAACCACCUCCAAUCCCUCAGGCGGCGUCUCCCUUAUUAACGGGGUCGUCGCCCUGAAUUCAGCCCAAAAUUCUGCCCUCACUGGUGGCAGCAACAAUGGCGGCUCUUCGGCCUCUUCAGCCUCGGGCACUUAUUUGUCGCUGAUGCCGCCCAAUGUUGGCGCCACCAGCUCAUCGUCCGGCCAUAUGGUCGGUGUUAAUGCUAUGGGCGGUGGUACCAGUGCCUCGGCCAGUGGUUCGACGCCUGAUGUCAUUGAUUUCAAACAUCUGUUCGAGGAGCUGUGUCCUGUGUGUGGUGAUAAGGUCAGUGGCUAUCAUUAUGGCCUGCUGACGUGUGAGUCGUGUAAAGGUUUCUUCAAGCGUACAGUACAAAACAAGAAGGUGUACACGUGUGUGGCGGAACGUUCGUGUCAUAUAGAUAAGACACAGCGUAAGCGUUGUCCAUAUUGUCGUUUCCAGAAGUGCCUGGAAGUGGGCAUGAAAUUAGAAGCUGUGAGAGCCGACAGAAUGCGCGGCGGUAGAAAUAAGUUUGGACCCAUGUACAAAAGAGAUCGAGCGCGAAAAUUGCAAGUGAUGCGACAACGACAAAUUGCAUUGCAGGCCCUGCGAACGUCUAUGGGUACGGGAGAAAUGAAAGCGACACCACUCUCGCCCGGCUACCAGCAGGCCUAUACAAAUAUGAAUAUAAAACAAGAAAUACAAAUACCUCAGGUAUCCUCUCUAACACAAUCACCCGACUCAUCACCCAGCCCCAUUGCUAUUGCCUUAGGUCAGGUUAAUGCCAGCUCUGGUGUGAUAGCGAUACCUAUGAACGGCAGUAGUGGUGCUGGUGGAGGCGGUGGCGGAGGAGGAGGCGGCGGCGGUGGUGGCAAUAGUGGCAACAACAACAACAACAGCAGCAAUACAAGUGAUGGCAUCAACCGCGUUGGUAGUGGCAGUGGUGGUGGCAGUGGUAAUUGCCAUGAAACUGGCACAGGAUCCUUACAAAGUGCCAGCGAUUCAAAACUGUGCUUCGACUCGGGCACACAUCCUUCUAGUACCGCCGAUUCCAUAAUAGAACCCUUAAGGGUCUCACCGAUGAUCAGGGAAUUUGUACAGUCAAUAGAUGACAGGGAAUGGCAAACGCAACUAUUCGCGUUGCUGCAAAAACAAACGUACAAUCAAGUUGAAGUGGAUCUCUUUGAAUUAAUGUGUAAAGUUUUAGAUCAAAAUCUAUUUUCCCAAGUUGAUUGGGCCCGUAAUACUGUGUUCUUUAAAGAUUUGAAGGUCGACGAUCAAAUGAAACUUCUACAACAUUCAUGGUCCGAUAUGUUAGUAUUGGAUCACCUACAUCAGCGCAUACACAAUGGCCUGCCCGACGAAACCCAACUGAACAAUGGUCAAGUCUUUAAUCUCCUCAGUUUAGGCCUUCUGGGCGUACCACAGCUGUCCGACUAUUUUAAUGAGUUGCAAAAUAAAUUGCAGGAUUUGAAAUUCGAUAUGGGCGAUUAUGUGUGUAUGAAAUUUUUAAUUUUAUUAAAUCCAGAUGUACGAGGUAUUAUCAAUAAGAAAACUGUAUUGCAGGGUCAUGAAAAUGUACAAGCAGCGUUAUUAGAUUAUACAUUAACGUGUUAUCCAUCUGUGACGGAUAAAUUUAGGAGGCUGUUAAGUAUACUGCCAGACAUACAUGCGAUGGCAGCGCGUGGUGAAGAGCACUUAUAUUCAAAACACUGUGCCGGCAGUGCACCCACACAAACGUUACUCAUGGAAAUGUUGCACGCAAAACGAAAGGUGUAAUAAAAUGUGUAAUGGAACACAUUUUAAGGCAACAAAAAUAUAAAUGAUUAAACACUAUAAGGGGCGGGUAUUAUAUACAAUAUAAAUAAGUAAUAAAACACACACACACCCACACACACACACACACAAAAAUCAUUUAAAGUUAAAAACAAAUUUAAAGAAUUAAAAACAAAAUGGUUUUAAACUAGAAACAGAUAAAAUAGAUAAAAAAGCAAAGCUUAAAAAACAAAACAAAUAUGAUGAAAGAUAGAAAGAAAUAAAUAAAUAAAUAAAUAAAAACUAUAUUUUUGUGACAAUUAUAAGAUAAAGAAGAAGAAAAAAUAUAUAAAAAAUAAAUAAACAUACUUUCAGGCUUUAAGACACCUUUUUUAAGGCAUACUUUCAGGCAUAAAACAAACAAACAAACAUACAUACAAAAAAAUAAGAAAAUUUAACAACUUUUUAAUUUCCAAUUAAAAUGGUUUUUGUGGUUAUUUAUAAAAAAGAAACAAAAUUAUUAAAAUAAUGAUACAUAUAUACAGCUAUAUAUUUUCAAUUUUGGGGAUUCUCUAUAUAUAUACCUAUAUUAUACAAAAUAAAAACAUAAAAAACUUUGUUGUUAAUUUUAGUAAGUAAAACAUAUUUUGUGAAAAAAAACAAACAAACAGAAAUUUAAACUAAUUGUUAUUUUAUGUAAAUAUAAUUUAAAUGUAAGCUAAACUAAAACAAAAACUACUUUAUGAAAAAAAGUAAAACAAAAAAAAACCAACAAAAUUUAUUUAAAAAAUACCAGAAACAAAUUAAACAUCACUAAUUAAGUAACAUAAACAAACCAACAAACAAUUUAACUAUAAAUAAAAUAAAUAAAACGUUAUAAAUGUAUUUAGAUUUUAAUUAUUAUUAAUUAAUAAAAAAACAAACAAAAAAAAAAUAAAACAAAUUGUUGCUUGAUGUUUAACAAACAAAAAUAAAAUCUAAAUGUUAAAAAUUUAAAACAUAAAAAAAAACUUACAACAGAUACCACUACAACAACAAAAAACCAACAACAAACAAAAAAAAAUCAAACAGCAAUUGUUCGUUCUUGUUUUAUUAUUAAAUUAAUAUUAAAAAAAAACAAAAAAAAAUUAACACUUUUUAGGGAGUACAUUGCAAAAAAUUAAAAUUAAAAAAAAUAUUUAAAAGAAAAGAAAAAAAUGUACCUUAAACUAUAUUUUAAAUAUAUAUAAAAAUAAUAAUUAUUUUUUAAAUAAUUAAAAACUACAACUACAACAAUUCUUUCUGUUAAUUUAUACUUAUAAGAGGUUUA